AUGUAUAUUACGACAGUAAGUAGAUAAACAGAAACGGAACGAAAUCUUAAAAAUGGCGAUCGGUGUCGAUACGUCAAAAUGGAAACCUAGAAAAAUAGUAGGAACACCAGCUAAUAAGUUAAGGAAUAUAAUCGGUGUGGCCAUUCUAAGCUUUGGAAUGAUAAGUGGACUUAUUUUCCAUUUUACGCCAGUAACUUUAAAUUUGCGGAAAGCGGUAGAUGGAUUAUAUGAAGAUCCUAUAGAAGAAGUUGAAAGAAGGCUCAUGAUUGCUGCUGGCUUACCUAAUCGCUCUGGCGACGCAAUCAGAAAAUACAUGGAGGAAAGCCAGCGGCUUGACCUACCAGACAAAUAGAGAUUAUGAGCAUAGAUAGCAAUAGUGAAUGUGUGAAAAGCAAAUAUUUUGCCAGCCAGACUGAUAUGGAUGAGAGCCUUUCUGAUUUUCAAGAAGCAAAGAAAAGUUGUAAAGGUCCUAAGCCAGCUCAAAAAACUGCUAAACCUAAGACUAGAAAGACUACAAAACGCAUCAAGGGGCAGAAAGAUAUAAGAACAGCUCUUAACGGAAAGAAAAACGAUCUUGUGUCAUAUGCCAAGGAUUUCGACACAGUCUGUAAAAAGUCUGGUCUAGAUGUAGAUUCUGAACAAUUGCAACUAGCUAUAGCAUUAUCAAAAUCACUGCAAACAGAGACUGAAUCCCCUGAAACUUCACAGGCAUUGACAUCUCAGCAAAGAGUAGCUAAAAUAAGGAAAACCUUGCAAGAGUAUGGUUUCAAGGUACCUGAAGCUAAGAUAACUGCCACAAAAAGGACCAAAAAGUUAAGAAAGAAUUACAAACUUCUUACUGCCACAGAGGACCAAAAGAAGGAGAUUAUUACUGGCAAGUAUGCACAAAUACUAUUCCAGAAUAUUCAUGUUCCGUUAGAGCAAAAUAGCCCAAAUAAUCUAGAUUCUGAAGCUAGAGUAUUUUACAUUGGUUCGAGUAUUCCAUAUGAAUGUAUGAAAGAUGAUGAGAUAUUCUAUGUAGACAAUCUAGUUGAGAGAUCAGAAACAAAUGGUUCUUUGCUAAGAGAUUGCUGUGAAAUUCCUGGGAGGCCUGUAAGUCCUAAGCUUUUUGACUCUUUCAAGAUGAGUUUUAAGGAAAUUGAAUGUUCACAGGAUGAGCUAGAUGUAAUACUAAGUGGGUCUAUAAAAAAUGUUAAAAAUAUUUUUGCUUCUAAAGAAAUUCUGUUUGAGAAUCAUGUACAGAAAAUAAAUAUAGAUGAUGAUAAAGAAAAUGUUGAUAGUUACAAUAAUAGAAGUCAAAUUAAUAAUACGAUAAUAAGUAUUGAUGGUAAUGAUCAAGAAUGUGAAGUUGAAACUAAGCCUUUGUCUCAAAAUCUAUUCGAUUUCGAAUCACCUGUCAAACAUGAUAUGAAGUCCCGAGAUAGAACAGUAAUUGAAAUUAAAUUGCCAGAUGAUGAAGUUGUAGAAAUUACAUCACCAGUGAAACUAACUUCUGACGCUCACAAAAAGAUAAACAUUGAAACUACUAACAAACUAACAGUAACACAGCAAUACAGGAGUUGUUCUCCUGAUAUUUUCGAUGAUGAAUUAUCCUCAAUAAUGGAGACCACAAAACCAGAAAACAUUUUAUCACAAGAACAUACAACUAAAGUGUUUUCACAAGGCAAUGUCAUGGAUUUAACAGAAUGUGUGAAUAUCCCAUCACAAGGUUUAGAGAAAACUUUGUUGUCUCAGAAUAUAACAAAAAGGAGGUCGAAUGAUUUUAUGGAAAUAACUGAAUGUAUUGUAGGGUCCUCCCAACCUAUUCGCGAAGAAUUGAAAGAGAUAGAUUUAACACAAAGUCCUGAAGCUAAUGAUGCAACUAAAGAAGGAAAUCACAGUAUUAAUGUAGAAAAUAAUAUAGACAAUGUUAGUAUAAUCUUGUCUACUAACAAUCAGAGUAAUAGUGUUAGUCAAAAUGUUACAGAUGAACAAAAUAUUACAGUACUUAGUAAACAUCCAAUUACAGAUUUAGCACACAGUCAAAUUGCCAAAGGUAUUGAUUUGACUCAAAGUUCAAAUGAAGAUGAUAAAGAUAUGAGCAUUGUAAAUCUGAGUAAACAAACACCUGAUAAGAAAAAUGUUGAAAGUAUGGAUUUAACUCAGUCUUCGAAUUCCAAUGACGUUGAUGACUUACCUUUGAUAAAUAUAGGAACACAAAAAGAUAAUUCAUUAGAUGAAACAAUUAUUGUUGAUAAAGAUGAAUAUAUUGCUAAUUGUAAAGUUAAGAAGUCAAUUGUUUUUGAAAAAGAAACACAAGAUGAAGUGUAUGACUUAACACAAGCUCACGAUGAUUCUAUUGAAAUACCUGUAAUAAAUGAAAAUAACGAUUCACAUAGUUAUAGCUUUUAUGAUGAUUUUGUGCAUAACCAUUCAGAUAACGCUGAAAAUAGUAAAGAAGUUAAACAAGACAGAGAUCACACAAAAGACGAUAAAACUUCUCAUAAUGAAAGCAAAGAUUCUGGCGAUGUAGAUCUGACUCAAGGUUCUGAUACGUCAGAAGAAAUGCUGCUUUCUCCAAGAUCUUCAGCUCUUGAUAAUAUUCCAAAUAAUAGUAGUCUUGGAAAGAAAGAUGAUGUUUCAAUAGAUUAUGAUGAAAUAAUUUUAGACGACAAUAUUUGUCAUCAGGAAAGCUACAAAGAAAGUGAUAAUGACAAAAGUCUGAAUUUAAAAUACGAAUCUUUUAAGUCUGACGUUGAAAAUGAUUUAGAAAUUGUUGAUGUAAAUAACGAUAUUGAAAUGAGUUCUAGCCAACAUUCUGAAGUGUUUAAAAUAUCUGACAGGGAGUUAGAUUACUCCAUGCACAAAUCUAGACAUGAUUUUAAUAGAAACAAUUUUGACAUUGGAGGUAUUUCUGUUUUGGAUAAUGCUACUAAACUAUCGAGUUUUAAGAAAUCUUUGAGUGAAGGCUGUUUGUCUGUGAUUGGUCCAGUUAAAGAUGAUACUUUAGGAGACAGUUUCCUUCCUGAAGUUUUUACAAAAAAGACUGAAAAUAUUGUAGAAACAACAUCAGCUUAUAUCCACACACCUGGAGAAAUUAGUCCAAUUAAAGUACAGGAUGUUACAAGGAAUGAUAAUGGUGUAAUUCAUAUAAAAACUCCUAAAAAUACUGAGUAUGUAAUCAAGACUGACAAUGUUACACCGAUGGCGGAUUACGCAUCGAUGUCGACACCACAACGGAAUAGAGAAUUGGAUAAAUAUGGCUUGAAACCAUUUAAAAGAAAAAGAGCUGUCCAAAUCCUAACACACCUUUACAACCAAACGCAUCCAACCAUACAACAGCUUAUAGAAGAAGACCAACCAUCGCCUUCGAAAAAACAAAGACUAAACUAUGACAUAGAACAAACUUCACCUCAGAAACUCGUGACGUCACCAGCCAAGUUAAAUCAAAAUUCGAACAAGCAAAGAACUCCAGUGAAAUCCCGUAUCUUAGAAAGAGAUAGAGAUAUUCUGUCAGCACCGUCGCCUAGUAAAGGAGGGUUGGUAGGUGCAGAUGUGUGCGUGUAUGAGGUGACGAGUGAAACAGCUAAUGUGAAGAGCGUUGAUUGUGAUCCUGAAGAUUGGGUGUUUCAGAAGAGGGAGAAAGCUAAGGUGCAUUCCUGCCGCGUCCCGCUACACAUAGCAUUUCAUAACUACGUGCUAAGUAGAAGAUCGUUGAGAGAAGCGAUACUCAAGUACGAGCCCGUCAAUAUCGACAUUAUACACAAGGAUUUGGUUGGCUACGGACAUCGAUAUGAUCCAAAGGAUCUCCUGAAAUUCUUGGAUAAAAAAUGCAUAACAGUUAAAACAACAGACAACAACUCAAGAAAUAAUAAAAGAUAGCACAAAGUUAAUCGUGAAAAAAUAUUAUCUUGUAAAUAUUGUUUUAAAGUACAUAAUAUACAGGUUUAUAUACA